GCAUUGGUUGCCAACAUGACAAUGCCUCCUUACAGGUCCUUUGUGCAGAGUUGAAUUCAAGGUUUGGAAGCUUCUCUGAUUGCUAGAUGUGGUUCUUCUCCAGUGCCAUUUAUUUGCUGCUAUUCGAAGCGAAUGAAGUAACAUGAACUUCUAGGAAGUAGUUCUAUGCCUUCCCCAAAACAAUCUAUUGGUCCAUUUCUGGAUAGUCUCAAAAUGGAGAGGGUCAGGACGAUUCUGACUCACAAAUAUCCUUAUCCGCAUGAGCAUUCACGGCAUGCCAUGACUGCUGUAAUUGUGGGGUGUCUUUUCUUUAUCUCAUCUGAUAACAUGCACACCCUCAUACAAAAACUGGACAGCAAUAUCAAGUGGUGGUCGAUGUAUGCCUGCUUGCUUGGUUUUUUCUAUUUCUUCUCAUCCCCAUUCAUCCGGAAGACUAUUAAGCCAAGCUAUUCAAACUUCAAUCGUUGGUAUGUCACAUGGAUCUUCGUGGCAGCUUUGUAUCAUCUUCCUAGUUUUCAGUCAAUGGGAGUUGAUAUGAGGAUGAAUCUCUCUCUAUUUUUGACAAUAUACUUUGCAUCUGUUCUGUUUCUUCUCCUUUUCCAUAUUAUAUUUCUUGGUCUUUGGUAUUUUGGACUUGUCGCUAGGGUAGCAGGAAAACGGCCAGAAAUACUGACAAUCAUCCAAAACUGUGCUGUAUUAAGCAUGGCUUGCUGUGUAUUUUAUAGUCACUGUGGAAACCGUGCUAUUUUAAGAGAGAAAUCUUUUGAACGAAAGAACUCUAGUUGGUUUUCUUUUUCAAUUUGGAAGAAAGAAGAGAGAAACACAUGGCUUACAAAAUUCCUUCACAUGCAUGAGUUGAAGGAGCAGGUUUGCUCAUCCUGGUUUGCUCCAGUUGGGUCUGCCAGCGAUUUCCCAUUUUUUUCUAAGUGGGUUAUCUAUGGGGAGUUGGUUUGCAGUGGAUCAUGUUCAGGCCCAUCAGAUGAAAUCUCCCCCAUAUUUUCAUUGUGGGCAACAUUCAUAGGUCUUUACAUGGCCAAUUAUGUGGUGGAGCGAUCUACAGGGUGGGCUCUGACUCACCCUCUGUCUCUAUCUGAAUAUGAAAAGUUAAAGAAACAAAUGAAGCCUGAUUUCUUGGACAUGGUCCCUUGGUAUUCAGGGACAUCAGCUGAUUUAUUUAAAACGGUCUUUGAUCUUCUGGUAUCUGUAACUCUAUUCGUUGGUCGAUUUGAUAUGCGCAUGAUGCAGGCUGCAAUGACCAAGGUCCAAGAUGAAUCUAAAUGGGGCGAUCUUCUGUACGACCAUUUCAGUCAAAGAGAAGAUAUGUGGUUUGAUUUCAUGGCUGAUACUGGAGAUGGUGGAAACUCAUCCUAUGCCGUGGCUCGAUUACUCGCUCAGCCUUCCAUUCAUCUUAAAAAUGGUGGCUCCAUGCGUGUAUUGCCACGUGGAGAUUUACUUCUUAUUGGAGGCGAUCUUGCGUACCCAAAUCCUUCUGCAUUUACAUAUGAGAAGCGCCUUUUUUGCCCGUUUGAAUAUGCUCUCCAGCCUCCACCUUGGUAUAAGCCCGAGCAUAUUGCAGUAAAGAAGCCAGAGCUUCCUAGUGGGGUGUCGGAACUGAAGCAAUAUGACGGACCUCAGUGCUUUGUCAUUCCUGGCAACCAUGAUUGGUUUGAUGGUCUUCACACUUUUAUGAGGUAUAUAUGUCAUAAAAGCUGGUUGGGUGGAUGGUUUCUGCCUCAGAAGAAGAGUUAUUUUGCCCUGCAACUACCUAAAGGAUGGUGGAUAUUUGGUCUUGACCAAGCUCUUCAUGGUGAUAUUGAUGUGUUCCAAUUCAAAUUCUUUGCAGAAAUAAUAAACAACAAGGUUGGAGAGAAUGACUCUGUGAUUGUCAUGACACAUGAACCAAGUUGGCUUCUUGAUUGGUACUGGAACGAUGUAACUGGAAAGAAUGUUACUCACUUGAUACGUGAUUACCUGAAAGGAAGAUGUAAGCUUCGAGUGGCUGGGGAUUUGCACCAUUACAUGCGCCACUCUUUUGUUCCCUCUGAUAAACCAGUUUAUGUGCAACAUUUACUUGUUAACGGUUGUGGUGGGGCAUUUUUGCAUCCAACCCAUGUCUUUAGCAACUUCAACAAAUUUUGUGGAGUUUCCUACGAAAGUAAGGCUGCGUAUCCUUCUUAUGAAGACUCAACGAGGAUUGCUUUAGGUAACAUUUUGAAGUUCCGGAGGAAGAAUUGGCAGUUCGACAUUAUUGGUGGCAUCAUAUACUUUCUUUUGGUUUUUUCUAUGUUCCCACAGUGUAAGCUCAACCACAUCUUUAAGGACAAUUCAUGGUCUGGUCACCUAAAGAGUUUCUUCAGUACCAUGUGGAAUGCAUUUAUGUACAUGCUGGAACACUCGUUCGUGUCUUUAUCAGCAAUGCUGGUAUUGCUGGUAGUAUCAUUUACAUUUGUUCCAUCCAAAGUGUCACGAAAACGGCGGGCUAUAAUUGGGGUACUCCAUGUUUCUGCCCACAUGGUAGCAGCUAUUAUUCUCAUGAUGCUGUUGGAGCUGGGUAUCGAGACCUGUAUCCGCCAUAGACUCCUAGCUACUUCAGGCUACCACACUCUGUAUGAAUGGUACCGAUCGGUUGAAAGCGAGCACUUCCCGGACCCGACUGAACUCCGGGCUCGUAUAGAACAGUGGACUUUUGGUCUUUACCCAGCAUGUAUAAAGUAUCUCAUGUCUGCCUUUGAUGUCCCAGAGGUUAUGGCCGUCACGAGAAGCACGAUAUGCAAGAAAGGGAUGGCAUCACUUUCCCGUGGGGGCACCAUCAUCUACUACACAUCCAUCUUCCUCUACUUCUGGGUCUUCUCAACCCCUGUGGUCUCACUGGUGUUCGGGAGCUACUUGUACAUCUGCAUCAACUGGUUCCACAUCCAUUUCGACGAGGCCUUCUCCUCUCUCCGCAUCGCAAACUAUAAGGCCUUCACUCGCUUCCACAUCACUAAAGGUGGUGACCUUGAAGUCUUCACCCUUGCAGUCGACAAGGUCCCGAAGGAAUGGGUGUUGGACCCAGAUUGGGACAGUGAACCAAGACAAGCGCAGCAGCAGAGCCAUCGUAGGAGAUUCCCUAGCAAGUGGAGUGCGGCCGCUGCUUAUCAGGACCCACUUAGCACUGUCCGGAUCGUGGACCAUUUUGUCAUCCACAAGGAUCCUGCAAACCUAGGAACAGAUCCCAGCAACUGAUGAUGAGCCAUGAAUCAAGAUGUGUAAACAGGCAUGUGGGCCAGCAUUUGAGAUGCUGAUUAUAAGGUCCAGUGCUGCAGUAAACAUAUAGUUUUCUGCGGCCGAUGAUCAUGUGCAUGUGGGGCCCACUGCCAGGAGAUACAAACUGUUGAUCCGUUGGUCCCUGGUGGAUGGGAAUGCCCCAUUGGAUUAUCCUAGUCCCCUGAUCAUGGUGUAGGGCCUUAUGUAAGACUGAACCGCUUUCAAGUAAGGAGUGAUGUAUUCCCAAAUCCAAUUCUAACAGAAGA